CACAGUACCCGUAUGCUGCGUAUAAAAGCGCGAGCAGGCCGCUCAUCUGCCCUUUCGUGAAGGACCGCAGUGAGGUCGUGUUGCGCCCUUCCUGACUCACCGCUGUUCGCUUUUCAGCCUUUGCUACGAAUAAGUCGGUCAGGAAUUAGUGAUCAUGGCAUUCAAAGACACCGGUAAAGCUCCUGUCGAGGCCGAGGUGGCCAUCCACCGUAUCCGCAUCACUCUGACCAGCCGCAACGUCAAGUCUCUGGAAAAAGUGUGCGCUGAUUUGAUCCGAGGUGCUAAGGAGAAGAGUCUGAAGGUCAAGGGACCUGUGCGUAUGCCCACCAAGACUCUGCGCAUCACUACCCGCAAGACUCCGUGUGGUGAAGGUUCCAAGACCUGGGACAGAUUCCAGAUGCGGAUUCACAAGCGCCUCAUUGACCUUCACAGUCCAUCUGAGAUAGUCAAGCAGAUCACCAGCAUCAGCAUCGAGCCCGGUGUGGAGGUGGAGGUCACCAUCGCCGACGCAUAAUCUCUGUCUGCUGUUUUUGCUGUCAGAUCAAUAAAAUCGAGAUUUUUGCA